CCGCAGGCGGUGCCCCUGGGCCCUGUGCCGUGCUUGGGCAGGCGCUGCGGAGGCGCGCCGGGAGGUAGUAGAGAAUGUCUUUUCGUGGAAGAGGAGGUGGAGGAGGAAGAGGAGGUGGCUUCAAUCGUGGAGGAGGUGGCGGUGACAGAGGUGGCUUUAAUCGUGGUGGACGAGGUGGCUUUGGACGGGGAGGUGGACGAGGAGGCUUCAACAGAGGCGGAUAUGACCAGGGGCCUCCAGAAAGGGGAGUUUUAUUGGGAGAGUUCAUGCAUCCAUGUGAAGAUGACAUUGUUUGUAAAUGUAAAACAGAAGAAAACAAGGUGCCUUAUUUCAAUGCCCCAGUCUACUUGGAUAACAAGGAACAGAUUGGCAAAGUGGAUGAAAUCUUCGGACAGCUGAGAGAUUUUUAUUUUUCAGUGAAACUGUCUGAGAACAUGAAAGCCUCUUCAUUUAAAAAAAUGCAAAAGUUUUACAUUGAUCCAGCAAAGCUGCUACCCCUUCAAAGAUUUUUGCCAAGGCCACCUGGAGAAAAAGGUGCUCCUAGAGGAGGUGGUAGAGGAGGACGUGGUGGUGGACGUGGAGGAGGAAGAGGCGGUGGUAGAGGAGGAUUUGGAGGAGGAAGAGGUGGAGGAAGAGGAGGAGGAUUCAGAGGAGGAAGAGGUGGAGGAGGAGUCAGAGGAGGAAGAGGUGGUGGAGGAGGCUUUCGGGGAAGAGGAUAUUAAAAAUGGAGGCACAAGUAUCUCCCCGCUGUCUUACCAUAUCAUCUGCAGAAGUGAAGAACAAGGAAAAAUUUUUGUAAAU